AUGGCGGCCCCCGUAGCCAAUGAAACCUGCGAUGCCUUUACCCCCCGAUCAAAGCCCUGCACGCUUGGUGCGAUGGUGCGCUAUGCGGUCAAUGCCAGCUCACCAGAUGACUUUAUUCAGACCAUUCGAUUCUCCCAGGAACGAAACAUCCGUCUCGUCAUUCGCAACACAGGCCAUGAUUAUGCAGGGAAAUCAACGGGUGCCGGCGCACUAUCCAUCUGGACCCAUUUUAUUAAAGACAUUGACUUCCUGAACUACACCAGCACGCACUAUACCGGGCCCGCCGCGCGGAUAACAGCAGGUAUUCAAGGCGCGGACAUUAACCCGGCUGCCCAUAAAAAAGGGCUUGUGGUAGUUGGCGGGGAAUGUACCACUGUAGGCCCCGCCGGGGGGUUCACACAAGGAGGGGGUCACUCAGCCCUGAGCUCUCGGUUCGGUCUUGGAGCCGACCAGGUUUUGGAAUGGGAGGUUGUGGAUGGGAUGGGACGGUUGCUUACCGCAUCACCCACCCAGAACCCGGAUCUGUACUGGGCGCUAAGCGGAGGUGGUGGAGGGACAUAUGGUGUCGUGUACGCCAUGACCGUCAAGGCGUUUCCCGACUUUCCCGUCACUGGUGUCGUUCUCCAAUUCAAGAAUAAGAACCCUUCGUCGCACCAUUUCUUUGAAGCAAUAGGGCACUACCAUCGUCACCUACCCACAUACACCGCGGCUGGUGGAAUGGCCAUCGCACAGAUCACAAACUCGUCGUUCCUGCUCACCCCGCUGACUUUGCCUGCUCAUACAGCAGUGGAGGCCAAGAAGCUGCUGGCCCCCUUUCUGCAGGACCUGCACAAACUGGACAUCUCCUAUACCCUGAACAUCACCGAGUCGCCGUCCUAUUUCCAGCAUUAUAUGAAACUGAUCGAGCCCAACCCGACGCAACUGGUGCAGAACGCGCAGUAUGGAGGUCGCCUUCUCCCGCUCGACCUCAUCCAACACAACAACUCGCAGCUCACGGAUGCGGUCCAGAAAAUCACCGCGGAUGGAGUUACGUUCGUGGGUAUUGGUCUAAAUGUCUCAUCAUCUGUAACCGGCAAUAUCUGGAACUCCGUUCUUCCUGCGUGGCGUACAGCAGCAAUGACUGUCAUCUUGACUACGGACUGGCCCAGUGCUGCCAACCUCACCGAGAUGAAAGUUCUGGCAGACCGAAUGACGACCAAAUGGGUGCCAAUCCUGACAGCUUUGAGUCCAGAUUCGGGGUGUUAUAUGAAUGAGGCGGAUCCCCAACAGCCAGACUGGAAACAUACCUUUUACGGUCGCAACUACAAUCCGCUGUACGCUAUCAAGACGAAAUAUGAUCCGUUCCAGACAUUCUACGCCCCGACGGCUGUUGGCAGUGAGGACUGGCAAGUCGAGGCUGGUGGUCGUCUGUGCCAGGCCACCAGGAUAAAUUGA